GCUACUGAUGCAACCGUGCCGGCCGUAAUGAUCACGAAGGCGAGAAACAGAUGGACGCUGGGAAGAACACAGAUGUUGGGAGCUGGUAGAUUAGAGGCGAUUUGUGCCUGCUCGUGGCUAGAAUACCCAAACCUACCUGAACAAGCUGAUUGCAAAGAUUGGACGAAAACGUGGUUUGCCCUCCAUCAGGCAUGGGGGUGAGUACAGUUUGGAACUGUUGGACUGCGGCGGCGUAUCGGAGUGUGUUGACAUUCUCGCGCAGUACGGUGAACGAUCGAGCUUCACCGGAUAAUGGAACCGCGUGGCCGCGACAGUGGCUGACAGGUGAACAAUCGCUAGGGAAAGGGCACCGGUGGCGAACAGUCAAUGUGGGGAAGGGUUAUUAGAAAAUGGAGAUUUUUUGCAGACGUAUGAUCAAAUGAUUGUCAUGCUUCAGUUGUCAGUCGAUCGAUAACCUCCGGUCGUGACCGAAGGCAAACGGGUAAAAACGGUGGUAAGGGUAGUGCUCGACGAAAAAGUGGUACAAAAUGUCGACCUCCUUUCUUACUCGUGGUUUAUCGUCGUUUCUGUUUAAAUCGUUUGCAAUCGGUUCGUCCAGCGUCGCGGGUCGAACUGCCGGUCCGAACCAGUCCCUGUUCCAUUCCACCAGCAAUACCGAGCCGGAGGAUUCGGUUCGGUUUGAUAAGCUAGAAACGGUGCCCAGCGCAUGCAUCCAACUGUUUGUUACCCUUACGCUGACGAUCAUUUCGGUGAUCUACACACUUCAGCAAUGUGAUACCACCACGGUGUGUGUGUACUACUACAUGCUGCUCUACCUGCGUGGCGUCUAUUGGGCGAUUGUUUAUCUAAUCCAUCUGUACACUAAAAGCCGCCACCAAAGCCUGAAUCGCUGCGGCCACCAUACGUUCGCCGCGAGGGUACACCGGCACAAGAAAUCCAGCCUGCAGCUGGUGACGCUAUCGAACAUGGUGCUGCUAACGGUACACACCGCGAUGGGUCACGGCUUUGGGGAAACGUUUAUGCAACGGUGCUUUGUGGAGGGCUUUUCGUCCGUUGUGUUUGUAGCGUCCUUCACCCUGCUGGAGACGAUGGUUAUAGUGCCGGUACAGCUAUCUUACAUCGUUCAAGUUCGCGUGUUCAAUUUGACCCGCCCGAUGCCCGACGCACAGCACAGCGCUAACGAUCUGAGCUUAAGACUGUGCCCGACCGAGGAUUACAGCGUCAACGACAGCUUCAAGAGCAUUGCCGAUCCGAAAGAGUUCGUCCAGCUGCAGGCAGCGUUGAUAAGUAAGCUGAAGGAGGAGAACGAUCAGCUACACAGCAGGAUACAGGAGGCAAGAUGUAUGGUCGAACUCGCGCCGAACCAAUCGCUCAACUACUCGCUGGCGGAGCAAUCUAUCGUUGGAGGUUAUUGAUAAGCCGUAAGCAUCCCUCUUAAAUUGUACAUCGUCCUCUCUGCAUAGCCAAAAACAAAGUAACUUUGCGUGCAAGAACUGUGGAAUUUUGCUACCUUUUUUUUACUACACGUGUAGUAUUUUUUGAUCAUAUUUUGUUUGUGUAUAAUGCUGUUCUUUUUCUACACUGCACCGCUAUGAUGAAUAAAGAUAUGGAUGAUUGUAUGAA